AUGCCUGCACGCUAUGCCCCACUACCGAACCCACACACCGACCCAGAUGCGAUAAACGAGAUGGAGGCCGCGUUCGACGACUCGGACGACGAUGACGACGGCCCGCAGCCUCUAACCGCCCGGGGCCGCAACGGCUACCAGGCCUUGUCCAACGCCGAGCCCGAACACCCUACGCGGGACUCACACGACGUCGGCCACCACCAGGGCGCCGCAGCUCCUGGCGCAUACGACUUUGAGAACGCCGACUUCGACUACAUCCGCCCGCCGCCGGGCUCGCCCCCCGGGCCAUCCGCGCGGGCCCUCCCGAACGAGUUCGGGAACUCGAACGGGCUCGUGCCGGCGUUCCAGGAGUCGGCGACGGAUGCGGCGCCGUCGGCGUCGUCGCGCGGCGCGAACGGGUGGUUCAGGCGGACGGCGCAGGCGGUGCUGCCGACGCACUACGUGCAGCGGCUCGGCUUGGCGGACGAGCGGCCGCAGGGCCCGGUCGGCGGCGGGUUCUCCAACGACGGUGUGUUCGCCAAUGUGACGGCGAAACCGUCGAGAGGGAUACGUGUGCAGGAUGGCGACGACGUCCUUAUCGUGCCCGAGGAGGUGCAGAAGGAGGUCCCGCCGUCGUACGCACAGGCGCAGGCGGACGCGGUGCCGCCGUACUGGGAGACGACGAUCCACGCGCCGUCGGCGUCGAACACGCCUGGGGACGUGAUCAUCGACUCGCUGCCCACCGGCAGCUUGUUCUCCUUCCUCUGGAACAUGCUCGUGUCGAUCUCGUUCCAGUUCGUCGGCUUCCUGCUCACGUACCUGCUGCACACGACGCACGCCGCGAAGUUCGGCUCGCGCGCUGGCUUGGGGAUCACGCUCAUCCAGUACGGGUUCGCGCUGCGGAGCAAGGAAGCGUACGUGUCCGACCAGCAGGACGUGUGGGGCGGGUGGAAGCCAGAGGAGCCUCGCCCAACGUUUGCCACCGCUGCGGAGGCGGAGGCGUACUACAGCAAUCUGAACCUCACAGCGACCGCGCCGCCGACCCCUACCGCAGAUAUCCCGACUGACGGAUACAUCAGCCCCGAUGCCACCACCGAGUGGCUGUCGUUCCUGCUCAUGACCAUCGGCUGGUUCAUGCUGUUGACCUCCGUCCUCGGCUUCUGGCGCGUCAAGCGGUGGGAGCGUGGCAUCCUUGCAUCACAAGGCGAGUCCCCCGCCCCCGCGACGCCCGAGGAGCAGGCCCGCUCCGCCGCGAUUCUGAACUCGAUCGAGCGGGCCUUCGGGCUCCACGGCCUCGCAGACGGCUCGCUUCUGCGCUCCGGCCUUGGCUUCUCUGCGGCCGCGAACGCCGAACCGGCCGAGGACGAUGAGGACGACGACGCCCAGCCGACGCGCAACGCAUACGUCCUCCCGCUCGACCCGUCGAAUCCGGAGCGGAACGAGCGGCUCGCGCGUGCGUACGCCGACGAGGCGCGGCUGCACCAGGACCUGCGCUCAGCAGGCUUGCUAUGA